UCGUGAGAGCCGGCUGCCCAAUCAGACGAAGCCACGUCUCAGGUUUCACUGCAUAACCAGCCCGUAUAUCAGUGUUCUUUUGAACGGCCGUAAGUCAGGGAUUUUGGCGGGUUUCUUCUGCUUCUGGCCUUGAAACUUGAAUGCAUUGUUCUGGACUCUGGACCAUUGUUUCGUGCCCUCGUCUCAAGAAAAGGGGAAAAGAAUCAGAGAGGCCAUGAUGGUGAUGGAGAAGGACAUGGAAGCUCCUCUCGAUUUCGAGCUUGAAGAUCCUAUUCUCAGUCCACCUGCACCCACCAAAAGAAGGGGCAGGGAUGUUGGUUUGGACGAUCUUCUCAAAGACUUCUUCAAGGAGAAAAAGAAACGUGAUGAAAGGGAGUUUAAACGGGCAAGAUCUCGCAAAUGCUAUAACUCAGACGAGGAUGAGGAAACUGCUCAUUUAUCUAAGCUUGUUAACCAAUGUGAACAGAAAAUUCAGGAAAUUGGCGAUGAAGAUGAGGUCCCUUUGUGGGGUCUACAUGUUUUUGGAAAUCAGAAGACUCCACCACUGCCCGUAGGUUGCCUUGAGCUUCGCAGUUGCAAACUUUUUCAGUCCAAACUGAACAGUGAGCUCAAUUUGUUGCUAGGUCUGACUGCUGAGAAAGGAGACGCCUUUUUUGAGGGAUUAUUGAUAAAUGGCUGGCUCCCAAAACUGGUUUUUAGGUGUGGACAUGUGGAAGAACACCUAGCAGUUUGGACCUUUAAUCUGAUGUUAUAUUCCUCGAAGGAAGAACUGAGAGCACCUGGAUGUGACUUCUGGUGUGCUAUUCUUCCAUCAAGAGAUGAGGCUGAGCAACCAUCACUUCAAAUAGACUGGUUUCCUAGUUCUGUCAAUCUAAAGCAAGCUCUUGAAAUCUAUGGAUACCUACUGGAUUCCUCAUUUGUAAUUUCCUCCCUUCCAGAAGUGGUCCAUGCUGAUUCUGAUUGUCGAGGUCCACCCCAAAAUAUUAGAUUUUGGAUCAAAUUUCUCACUGCGUGUUGUGGUGUAAGAGGUACUUGGUCCAUCUUUUCAACUUCAGAAGCUGAAGAAUUUCUUGGUGUUAUUAUCUCCCUCUUUUUGGACCGUCAACUUCAAGGCCUGUGUUCGAUUUUGUCUGAAUGCAUGGUGGCAAUUAUUGGUUACUUCGAAGACCAAGAGUGGAACAUUAGCUGUGCAGAAGUAGCAAAAUCUCUUGCUUCCAGGAUCUUCACUCCAGGAAGACGAUUGGUGGAGGGUGUGAAAAGGAUGGAUUGUAUUACCUCAACAGUGGUUGUUCUCCCACUUUUGCUGCCGCUACUGCUGUUGGGGAUGUCUCUCAAUUCCAAUGGCACUGUCGUCUAGGACACUUGGCCUUACCUAGAUUAUAGAUUUUGUUUCUCAGUUUUCUACAUGUUUCUAUAUUAGAGUGUGAGGCCUGUGAGUUGGGUAAAAACCAUCGCAUGUCUUUUCCAUCUCGAUUAGUGUUUCGUAGUCCGUUGUUGUUUUCUUUAGUUCAUUCUGAUAUAUGGGGUCCUUGCAGAAUUAGUAAUAGGUUUGUGUUUCACUAUUUUGUUACAUUUGUAGAUGAUCAUUCUCGCCUUGCAUGGCUUUAAAUGUUAAAGGACAGAUAUGAUUUUCUAUCUAUGUUUCAAAAAUUCUAUAAUGAAAUAAAAUCUCAGUUUGGCAUUUCCAUUAAGAUUUUCCCUUGUGAUAAUGCUUUAGAAUAUGUUCAAAAUGAUAGUUCUGACUUUUGUGAUACCCAUGGCAUGAUUCAUCAGACUAGUGCAUAUACCCCACAACAAAAUGGGGUUGCAGAGCUCAAGAACCGGCACCUUCUAGAGGUAGCUCAGGCUAUUAUGAUACAUAUGCAUGUUCCUAAGCAUUUUUGGAAUGAUGAGGUUUUAACCGCAUGCCAUUUGAUUAAUCGCAUGCCUUCUUCUGUUCUGUUGAAUAGGUUUCCCUUCUCUAUCUUAUACCCUACUCUACUCAAUUUUCCUCUUCCUCCCCGGGUUUUUGGGUGUGUGUGCUUUGUUCACAAUCUUCACAUGCAUGUGGAUAAGUUGUUUCCACGGGCUGCUAAAUGUAUUUUUUUUUGUUACUCUCAUACCCAAAAAGGAUACAAGUGCUAUGAUCCUGCUACUCACCGGAACUUUGUAAGUGCCGAUGUGACCUUUUUUGAAGGUACUUCUUUCUUUUCUUCAUAGGUGUCUCAGCCUACUGAGGAGUGGUCAUUUACCUCUCCUCCCAUUCCAUCCCUUAUACCGAUUCCUGAUGCCCCUAGUACAGUGCACCUGUUCCACCUCGUUUACAGGUUUAUCGGCGCAGGGCAAGGGUUGGACAGUCCAAUGGCAAGGUUAUUGAUCCAGCUACUACACAUUCUCCAUCGCUCCCUUCCUCUGGUGAAGUUCUUGCUUUUGAUCCAUCUGAUGACUUACCAAUUGCUAGCAGGAAAGGUAUACGUUCUUACACUCAGAAAUCCUUGGUUGUUUACCUUAUUGAUAAGUUUAUAUCUAUCUCUCACCUUCCACAUUCUAUUCAUGGCCUUGCUCUAUCUCUUUCUACUAAUCUUGUUCCCCAUACUCAUACUGAGGCUCUCCAUAUCCCUGGAUGGAAGGGUGCCAUGGAUAUAGAAAUGGAUGCUCUCUUGAGUCGUGGUGCCUGGAGUCUAGUAGAUUUACCUCCUGGUAAGGACCUGGUGAAAUGUCGUUGGGUCUACACUGUUAAGUAUCACUCUGAUGGCUCUAUUGAGCGGUUGAAGGCUCGCCUGGUUGCCAAGGGUUACACUCAGACUUAUAGUGUUGAUUACUUUGAGACUUUCUCCCCAGUUGCUAGACUUAACUCUGUUUGUGUUCUUAUCUCUCUUGCUGUCAGCUUUGAUUGGCCUUUAUUUCAGUUGGACAUCAAGAAUGCCUUGUUGUAUGGUGAUCUAUAGGAGGAAGUUUAUAUGGAGCAACCUCCCUAUUAUGUUGCUUAGGGGGAGAAUAAAGGUCGGGUGUGUCACUUACACAAAGUGAUCUAUAGUCUCAAACAAUCUCCUCGAGCAUGGUUUGAUAAGUUCAGUGUUACCAUAGUCACUGUAUAUUGCUAGCAAUCCGGUCUUCCACGAGAGGACCAAACAUAUAGAGGUGGACUGUCACUUUGUUCGUGAUACUGUUCUAAAGAAGCUGAUUGAGACUCUGUUUGUUUCAUCUAAGAAUCAGUUGGUUGAUAUGUUCACCAAGUCCUUAUUUGCUCCUAGCUUCCGCAGUAGUUGUACCAAGCUGAGCAUGGGAGAUUUAUAUGCUCCAGCUUGAGGAGGAGUGUUGAUUUUAGUGCUAUUCCCAAAUAGGGAAUAGCGUUAAUAUUAGCGCCUACGAUAGGGACCAUUUGGUCCUUGUUAUGUUUGUUUGGGUCUUUUUGGGAUUUUUCUUAUGUAAGUGGGGGGCUUCAUAUUGAAUUAACCUUAGGUUACUCUCCAUUCUUGAGACUUCCUUUAGUUACUUCAUCUUCUUCCUCUCUUCUUCUUCUCUUCUUCUCUUUUCUCUCUCUUUUCAUUAUUGUUUCUGGUUUUCUGGUUUAGCUACAGCUUCUGAGAUUGUAACAAAAAUAAAUCUAUAAACUAUAAUUUGCUAGUUGCCACAACAACUUAUCCCCUCUGAGAUGAUUCACAACAACAUUAGGGUAUGGUUAUUGCAAUAGGUAUUCUCGGAGUGAAACCAGAUCUGCGCAAGUCUAGAAAAUGAAAGACUAACCUGCGGCGGGCAGUUUCGAGCAUGGUUUUGGUCAGGGCUGAAACCAAGAUAUCUUGGCCAAAACCAUGUAUUUUUUUAGAAAGUUUCGGGGUUGGGUUUCGGGGGCGGGUUUCGGGGGCCAUAUGGCCAAGUUAGGUCCUAAAACUUAUAGGAAUCCUAUUUUAGGCCUUCGAAAAAUAGUAGAACCACUAGAUUUAAAAAAAUACACCGAAAAUGGUAGUUUGACUUUGGAUCCUAGGUUGGUAGUCUACGCUGUAUACAAUUUCUACCCUAGGUUAUUCCACAUAAUAUUUAUUUACUAUAACAUAUCUAAUUCAAGUAAAACAACUUAAAUAAGCAUUAGGAAUUAAAAGACAUCAAAUUAUAAAUCAUUAAUCAUAAAUAGUUUGUUAGUAAUUGUUACAAUUUACAAAGAGACAUAUAUCAGAGUAAACAAUAUUACAAUACGAGUGGAUGACUCACCUUAUGCCCAUCCUAGAGUCUUUACUCCUAGUAUUAAAAUGGGUGCCGGACUGGAUCAUAACCACUAUAUUGUUGCUGAUUCCGAAUCAAGUUUUCCUCCUAUUGAAUCACGAAAGCUGACCAUGUCGUUGUAUAGCAGAAGAAACACUCAAAAUCUUGGUCUUGAGCAACAAAUCCUCUUAUUCCAAGCUUGUUUGGGUAAGAUUUGGUCAAAAGUGGGAGCAAAUAGGAGUU